AUGAGAGUGGUUGUGCUUGCCCUGACUCUGGCCCUUGUGGGUGAUAAAAUUUUUCUUACAGCUCCUGAGUUUCCUGCCGGAAAGACAUAUGUGUACAAGUAUGAGGCACUGCUCCUGGGUGGUCUGCCAGAGGAAGGCCUGGCAAAGGCCGGACUCAAAGUCAGCAGCAAAGUUCUCAUCAGUGCUGUGGCCCAAAAUUACUACAUGCUGAAGCUUGUCGAACCUGAGCUCUAUGAGUACAGUGGCGUCUGGCCUAAGGAUCCUUUAAUCCCAGCCACCAAGCUGACGUCAGCCCUGGCAGCCCAGCUCAUGACUCCCAUCAAGUUUGAGUAUGCCAAUGGUGCUGUCGGAAAAAUGUUCGCCCCUGAGGGAAUCUCCACAAUGGUGCUGAAUGUUUACAGAGGUAUCCUGAAUGUCCUUCAGCUCAACAUCAAGAAGACACAGAACGUCUACGAGAUGCAGGAGGCCGGAGCUCAGGGUGUGUGCAAGACCCUCUAUGCCAUCACUGAAGACGAAAAGGCUGAACGUGUCCUUUUGACAAAGACAAGGGAUCUGAACCACUGUCAGGAGAAGAUCAUGAAGGACAUAGGGUUGGCAUACACUCAAACAUGUGCGAAGUGCCAGCAGGACUCAAAGAACCUGAGAGGAACCGCAGCAUACAGCUACAUCUUGAAACCAGUUGCUAGUGGCAUCCUGAUCCUGGAGGCAACUGUUAAUGAGCUGAUCCAAUUCUCACCUUUCACUGAGAUGAAUGGAGCUGCUCAGAUGCAGACCAAGCAAUCCUUGGUCUUCCUUGAGAUUCAGAGGGCCCCUAUUGUACCCAUUGAAGCUCAAUAUCUUCACCGUGGUUCUCUUAAGUAUGAGUUUUCCACUGAGCUUCUUCAGACGCCCAUUCAGCUCAUGAAGAUUAACAAUGUACAGGCCCAGAUUGUGGAAAUUCUGAAUCAUCUGGUUGCCCACAAUGUGGAGAGAGUCCAUGAGGAUGCCCCUCUGAAGUUUUUGGAACUCAUUCAGAUCCUCCGUGCAGCCCGCUUUGAAGACCUGGAAAUGCUCUGGAGCCAAUACAGAACCAAACCUGCUUACAGACAGUGGAUCUUGGAUGCCAUCCCUGCCACUGGAACUGCUGCUGCUCUGAGAUUCAUCAAGGAGAAAUUCCUGGCUGAUGACCUGACUGUUGCUGAAGCAGCUCAGGCUUUGAUUGCAUCUAUUCACAUGGUGACAGCUAACAUUGAGGCAAUCAAGCUGGUUGAGGCCCUGGCAAUCAACAACAAAAUAGUGGAAAGCCCAGUUCUGCGUGAGAUUGUCCUCCUUGGCUAUGGCACCAUGAUUUCAAAAUACUGUGUUGAGAUGGAUGUCUGCCCUGCAGAACUCAUUAGGCCCAUCCAGGACUUCCUUUCAGAGGCUGUUGCUAGGGAUGAGACCCAGGAUAUCAUCCUGUUCCUGAAGGUUUUGGGUAACGCUGGUCAUCCUGCUAGCCUAAAGCCAAUCACAAAGAUCCUGCCCAUACAUGGCACUGCAGCUGCAUCUCUGCCAAUAAGAGUCCAUGCUGAUGCUAUCAUGGCUUUGAGGAACAUUGCAAAGAAGGAGCCCAGAAUGGUCCAGGAACUGGCUCUUCAGAUCUACAUGGACAAGGCCCUUCACCCAGAGCUUCGUAUGCUUGCAUGCAUUGUGCUGUUUGAGACAAGGCCUGCAAUCGGUCUGGUGACAACUCUUGCCAACAUUGUGAAGACAGAGGAGAAUCUGCAAGUAGCAAGUUUCACUUAUUCUCACAUGAAGUCCCUGACCAGGAGCACCGCUGCUAUGCAUGCCUCAGUUGCUGCGGCUUGCAACGUUGCCGUCAAAAUCUUGGGCCCAAGGUUGAACAGAUUGAGUUCAUGUUUCAGCAAAGCCAUCCACAUGGACAUCUAUAACAACCCCUUGAUGCUUGGUGCUGCUGCCAGUGCUUUCUACAUCAAUGAUGCUGCCACCAUUCUGCCCAGAUCUGUUGUGGCUAAGACCAGUGUGUAUCUUGCUGGAGCUGCUGCCGAUGUUCUGGAGGUUGGAGUAAGAGCUGAGGGACUCCAGGAGGCUCUUCUGAAAAACCCUGCAUUUAUUGACAAUGCUGACAGGAUAACCAAAAUGAAGCGCGUCAUUAAGGCUCUCUCGCAGCUCAGAUCUCUGCCCGCCAGAACACCUCUGGCCUCCUUCUAUUUCAAAUUAUUCGGACAAGAAAUUGCCUUUGCCAACAUUGACAAAGCCAUGAUUGACCAGGCCAUUGCGUUCGCCACCGGUCCCUCUGUUCAGACACUUGGUAAGAACGUUAUCAGGGCUCUGCUGUCUGGCGCUUCCUACCACUUUGCCAAACCUCUGCUGGCUACUGAGGUGAGGCGUAUCCUGCCUACUGCUGCUGGUCUUCCAAUGGAGCUCAGUCUGUACACUGCUGCUGUGGCCGCCGCAGCUGUUCAAUUCAAGGCCACCACAACACCAGCUCUUCCAGAAAAUUUCUAUCUUUCUCACCUUCUUAAGACAAACAUUCAGCUUGAGACUGAGAUCAGGCCAAGCAUUGUUGUGAACACAUUUGCUGUGAUGGGGGUAAACACGGCCAUACUCCAGUCUGCCCUGAUCUCAAGAGCUAAACUCAACUCCAUUGUGCCCGCCAAGAUCGCAGCAAGACUCGACGUCACUGAGGGCCACUUCAAGAUCGAAGCUCUGCCGGUUUCUGUGCCUGAAGACGUUGCAGCUGUGCAUGUUGAGACAAUUGCUGUGGCAAGAAAUAUUGAGGAUUUACCUGCAGCAAAAAUCACUCCAAUCAUCCCCAAUAAAGUCUUUGAGCCCAUCUCAAGGGAGAUUCUCACAUCUAAGUUUGCUUCAACUGCUUCAAAAUCCUCAGAGAUCAUUCACCAAGAUGUGGCAAGUGCCAGACCUGCCAUCAUGAAACCCAAAGCAGCUCAGUUUGAGAAGAAGUACUGUGUUAAAGCUGCUGGCAUUGGACUAAAGGGCUGUUUCAAGAUUGCCACUGAAAACGCUGCUUUCAUCAGGGACAUUGCCUUGUACAAACUGGCCGGAAGGCACACUGUUGUUCUUUCUCUUAAACCAAUUGAAGGGGAAGUCAUUGAGAGACUGGAGAUGGAAAUUCAAGUAGGACCAAAGGCUGCAGAGAAGCUCAUUAAACAGAUCAAUCUGAGCGAAGAAGAAAUUGUUGAAGGCAGACCAGUCUUGAUGAAGCUAAAGAAAAUUUUAGCUCCUCGUCUGAAAAAUGCCACCUCCUCCUCCUCUUCCUCCUCCUCCUCCUCCUCCUCCAGCUCCAGCAGUCAUCGUUCAAGCAGCUCUCGCUCAAGCCUGAGCUCCAGGACCUCUUCCAGUUCCUCAUCUCGUGUCACCAGCAAGGCCAUUGAUAUAGCCCCUACAUCCAAAAGACUUCACAGUUUGAGGCGCAGCAGCAGCAGCAGAAGCAGCAGGUCCAGCUACGCAUCAAGCCUUGCAUCGCUGUUCAGUGCCAGCUCAAGUUCCUCUCGCUCCAGUGCCCAUCUCUCAAGGCAAGUGAUAUAUCGCCACAAGUUCCAAAAAAACCAUAAGUGGCAGGCUCUCACGUCUCAAGCCACCUCAGCAGUAAUUUCCAGGAGCAGUGCCUCAAGCUUUGAGGCCAUCCAAAGACAUAACAAAUUCCUUGGCAAUGAAGUAGCUCCUACCUUUGCCAUCAUCUUCCGUGCUGUCAGAGCUGACAAAAAGGUGCAGGGAUAUCAACUGGCAUUCUACUUAGACAAAGCAACCGCCAGAGUUCAGAUUAUUCUGGCUGCCUUGGCUGCUGAUAACAACUGGAAGUUCUGUGCCGAUGGAGUUCUGCUUAGCAAGCACAAAGUCACGGCUAGAGUCGGUUGGGGAGCAGAAUGCAAGCAGUAUGAUACCACGAUCACAGCCGAGACUGGUCUUGUUGGUCCAAGCCCUGCAGCUCGCCUGAGAGUGGCCUGGAACGAACUACCUUCUGCCUUUAAAUACUAUGCAAAGAAGUAUGAAACUUUCAAAGGACUGGUGCGUGACUACGUUCCUGCUUACAUGAUGACUGGCUGGGUUAAAGGAAAGGAUGAAAACAGCGCCAAGCAGCUCUCACUUACAGUGGUUGCCACAUCUGACAGGACCCUUGACCUCAUUUGGAAAACACCAACACAUACUGUCUAUAAGCUGGCUCUGCACCUUCCCAUUGCUCUGCCACUUGAUGAACUCAAAGGUCUCACCCCCUUUGAUAGCCUUACUGAUAAAACCCACUACUUGUUGGCCAAGGCUGGUGCAGCCGAAUGUAGCUACAUGAGAGACACACUGACCACAUUCAACAGCAGGAGGUACAAGAACGAGAUGCCAGUGUCUUGCUACCAAGUUCUGGCACAGGAUUGCACCAGUGAGCUGAAAUUCAUGGUUCUGCUGAAGAAAGAUCACGUUGAACAGAACCAUAUCAAUGUGAAGAUUGCUGACAUCGAUAUUGACCUGUACCCGAAGAACACUGACGUGAUUGUGAAGGUCAAUGGAAUGGAAAUACCCAUCAACAACCUGCCAUACCAGCAUCCCACAGCCAAAAUCCAGAUCAGGCCAAAGGGUGAAGGCAUCUCUGUGUACGCUCCCACCCAUGGUCUUCAUGAAGUCUACUUUGACAAGAACUCAUGGAAGGUUAAAGUUGUGGACUGGAUGAAGGGACAGACCUGUGGACUCUGUGGAAAGGCUGAUGGGGAAAUCAGACGGGAGUAUCUCACACCCAACGGCCGUCUGACCAAGAACGCAGCCAGUUUCGCUCAUUCUUGGGUUCUGCCAGCUGAGAGCUGCAGGGACACCUCAGAGUGCCGUAUGAGGCUUGAGUCGGUGCAGCUGGAGAAGCAGGUAGACAUCCAUGGCCAAGAAUCCAAGUGCUACUCUGUUGAGCCUGUGCUGCGCUGCCUGCCCGGAUGUUUCCCCGUGAAGACCACUGCCGUCACUGUUGGCUUCCACUGCCUGCCCACUGAUUCUGCCCUGAAUCGCCCAGAGAGUCUGAGCAACAUCUACAAUAACAGUGUGGACCUGAGGGACACAGCAGAGGCCCACUUAGCCUGCAGCUGUACUGCUCAGUGUGCUUAA